AUGGCUCCCUCUGCGGUGGACAGCCGUGGCAUGAUGGUCAACGGCAUCAACGGCCAUACCAAUGGCGCAGGAGGCAAGGUCGACACAAUGAAUUCUCAUGACUAUGUCCAGUGGGAUCCGUCACUAAAGCCGAAGAACUAUACGAUGAAGGGCACAGACCCCAACAGCAAAGUCCUGUUUCGAGACGUCAAUAUCCUCGACAGCACGGGAGCCAACCCGUUCAAAGGAGAUGUCUACAUCGAAGGCGAGCGCAUCAAGCACGUUGGCGAGGUCCCUGACAUCGAGAACAUCGCCAAAGACCCAAAAGUCAGGACGAUCAAUGGGCGUGGCAGAACAUUGAUGAGUGGUCUCGGUGACUCGCAUGUGCAUUUCAGCUGGAACAACGGCGAUCUUGGUCGUCUGGGCGAAUUGGGAACAGAAGAGCAUACACUCCUCACUGCUCGGUCAGCACAAUGCUAUAUCGACAGUGGGUACACCAUGUGCUACGGCGCCGCAUCCGCGAAGGAGAGGCUAGACGUCGUGAUCCGCGAUGCCAUCAACGAAGGCUCAAUACCUGGGCCAAGAUACCUUGCAAAUGGCAAGGAGAUGGCUGUCCCGGACGGCGAGCUCGUACCCGGCAUCACUGCUUUUGCCAAAGGUCCGCUAGAAAUGCGAGAAACGAUCCGACAUCACAUCGCUCUCGGUGUAGACAACAUCAAGCUCAGCAUGUCCGGUGAGCAGAUCACGGAGACAAGAGAUGCGCAGGAUUGCUAUUACACCGACGAAGAAACGGCAGCCUGUGUCGACGAAGCGCACAGACAUGGCAAACGACUAUGUGCUCAUGCGAGAGCAAGAGACAGUGUCAAGAUGUGCGUCAAGCAUGGGGUCGAUAUCAUUUACCACGCUUCUUGGAUUGAUGAAGAGGGCAUGGAGAUGCUGGACAACAACAAACACAAGCAUAUGGUCGCACCUGGCAUCAACUGGUUGAUUGCCACUCUCUACGAUUCCGCCGCGUUUGGCUACAGCUUCGAGAAAGCAGAACAGGUCGGAUACAAAAAGGAGCUGGACGUUGCCAUCAAAGGUUUGAAGGAGAUGCACAGGCGCGGCAUCACAGUUCUGCCAGGCGGCGACUAUGGUUUCGGCUGGACGCCACACGGAACGUAUGCGCGAGACCUGGAACACUUCGUCAAACUGUUGGACUUCACACCCAUGGAAUCGAUUGUCGCAGCAACCGCCGGCGUAGCGAAGCUUUUCAUGCGCGAAGACGAGCUUGGGAAGAUCAAACCCGGCUACUUUGCAGACUGCAUUCUGGUCGACGGCAACCCACUGGAGGACAUCUCGGUCUUGCAGGAGCAUGACAAGCUCAACAUCAUCAUGAUCAAUGGCCGAAUGCACAAGGCUUCCUACAAGGAAUUUGCGAGGUUCGAGCAGCCGCAGCCUGUCAUGGAGCCUAGGCAGUCGGUCAAGCUUGACCACUUCGUUGCAUAUCAGCUGGAUGAUGGUACUGGACGCACGCGGAUGGGCCAUCUCGAUGAGAAGAACGGGACAAUCACGCCUCUGGCAUUCGAGAGCGGUACGCCAAUCGAGAAUCUCUACCAGAUCAUUGAGGUUGGGGAGGACCACAUUGUAGCCAGCGGUGAGCCUUUCAAGGUUGACGAGAACGUCAACGUACUGGCUCCGAUCUCUGGCAGAGAUAUAAUCGCCAUAGGCAAGAACUACACCGAGCACACGAAGGAGAUCCCACAACUCUCGAAGGGCUUCGGUGAGGGUGUUCCAGAGUGUCCGAUCGUGUUUACGAAGCGAGCGACUUCCAUCAUUGGGAACGAGGACGACAUCCUCUUGCACGAGAAUUUUACCAGCCAACUGGACUAUGAGGGCGAGAUUGGUGUCAUUGUUGGUAAAGGCGGCCAUCAGAUCUCCGAGGCGGACUCGAUGCGCCAUGUGUGGGGAUACACGAUUAUUAAUGAUGUCAGUGCUAGGGAGAAGCAGAAGGCGCAUGUGCAGGCAUAUAUUGGCAAGAGCGCCGACUCGUAUUGUCCAAUGGGCCCACUGGCUCUCCCAAAGGCCGCGCUGCCGCAGAAGCUGACGGUGACGACGCAUGUCAACGGCGAGAAGCGUCAAGAGGGAACAACGGACCAACUCAUCUUCGGAAUCCCCAACCUCAUCAAGACACUCUCAGACUCGCAAACACUUCGACCCGGCGACGUCAUUGCCACCGGCACUCCAGCUGGCGUCGGGAUGGGUAUCAAGCCAGAGCCGAAGUAUCUCAAGCCCGGUGAUGUGGUCGAGAUUUCGGUCAGUGGCAUCGGUACGCUGCGAAACAAGAUCGUCAAGGCGGAGCCCGACAAUUACGUCUCGACUCGGGUAGAGCAGGAGACCAAUAUUCCUAUCAACAAUCUAUCAAUCACGUAUGGAGGCCUCGGUCUUACGACGUUACCGAGCGGCAAGAAGCUAAACGCAAAGAAAGUUGGAGGUGGUCCGCAGUCGAUCAUCUUCGUUCAUGGCUUGGGCGGCGACAUGAGUUACUACACUCCCGUGAUGAACUCUCUCGGUCUGAACAAAGAGGACCACUCCCAGUACACCAGCUUGCUCUUCGAUCUGGAAGGUCACGGCAUGUCUCCGACCAAGGCAAGCUCGAAGCUGAGCAUAGGCAGCUACGCGCAGGACAUUGACGAGCUCAUCAAGGCCUUCGACAUCGCCACCCAGCAAGGUGUCACGCUGGUGGCACACUCGAUGGGCUGCCUUGUGGCAUCUCUGUUCGCUUACCAGCAUCCAAACAUGGUGAACAAGCUCGUCCUCAUCGGCCCGCCGCCCUGCCCACUCCCAGGCCCAGGAGCCGACGGCUGCAUCAAACGCGCCGCCACCGUGCGAGCAGAGGGCAUGCGCAAUGUUGCCAUGACCGUAGCCACCGCCGGCACAUCAGAGAAGACCAAGUCAAGCCGCCCGCUCGCCUUCACAGCCGUACAGAUGAGCUUGUUCGCUCAAGAUCCUGAGGGUUAUGCUAAAGGCUGCACCGCCCUUGCUGGUGCAAAAGACCUCAACAGCAUCGACUUCUCGCGGCUGGGACAGAGCUGCAAGUCUCUCAUCAUUACGGGAGAGGAGGAUAAGAUCUCACCGCCGGCGCAUGUCACGAAGCUUGCUGAGACGAUGAAUGCUAGCAAGAGCGUCUUGACGGAUGUCGGGCAUUGGCAUGUCUUUGAGGACGUUGAGGGGGUCGUUGGAGCGAUGAAGAGCUUUCUGGGCUGA